AUGUCAGCGUUGACAAGAUUUGUGACAAACACUUUCACCGAUAUUUCUCACAAGAGACAAAGCAAACGCUUAGUGCACGAUGAAAGUGUUCACAACGACUCAAAUGGCAGCUCGUUGGAUAUGAAUCCGAAUUUCAACUUUUUCGAUCCAUCCGAUCAUUUGCGUGGCGAGGGAUGGGAGGGUCCAUCUGUGGCUGAACAACCAACGACACAAAGCACUCAAGCUCAACCCAAAGCUCAACCCACAGCUCAACCAUCAUCAAAAAAUGAGACAAAGCAAACGAGUGCUAAAGAUGAAACGACAACGAUGACCGAAGUCUCUUCAGGAAAACUUGUGAUGCCACUGAAAAAUAUGGUCCGAAAGUUGACUCCUUCAUUCAACAAUAACAGCAAAGAGAUAAAGGACAAAAAUGUGGAUAAUGAGGCGACGAAAACGGGAACCGAUCGAACGGAUGAUGAGGCGAAGAAAAAAGAGAAGAAAGGAGUGUGGAACUUGAAGGAACAGAUCGAGAAACGAAAAGGCGGCGAUCGGCAGAUGUUGAUCGAUUUGGAUGGGGAUAGCUUU